CUACAACUCUUAAUUUGUUUUACGUAUAAUGUCCAAAGCUAAUCAAACCAUAAAGACUGUUUUAAAGGAACCAACCUUAGAAUCAAUUGUGGACUACAUUAAAGAAAAGAAUGUCAAGAAAGUUAUUGUCAUGUCAGGUGCAGGCAUUUCAACUGCUGCCGGCAUCCCUGACUUUCGUAGUAAAGAUACAGGAUUAUACCACAACCUUCAAAAAUUCGACCUCCCAUAUGCCGAAGCAGUUUUUGACAUUGAUUAUUUCAUGGAAAAACCUGAGCCAUUUUACGCAUUAGCCAAAGAAAUCUAUCCCGGCCAAUUUCUUCCUACUAAAACACAUUAUUUCAUACGUCUUUUGCAAGAAAAAGGCAUGUUGUUGAGAAACUUUACACAAAACAUUGACACAUUGGAACGAUUGACUGGAUUAGAUCAAGAUUAUAUUAUUGAAGCGCACGGUAGUUUUGCUUCAGCCUCUUGUACCGAGUGUAAAGAAAAAGCAGAUUCAGACAUGGUAAGAGACCACGCUUUAAGAGGCAAGGUGCCUAAAUGUGAAUCAUGCGAUGGUUUUAUCAAGCCUGAUAUCACUUUUUUCGGAGAGAACUUGCCUAAACGAUUUUAUGAUAAUUUGAGUGAUUUUGAUGAUGCGGACUUGUUAAUUGUGCUUGGCACAAGUUUACAGGUGCAACCUUUUGCUUCUUUGAUUGAUGAAGUGCCUAAAUCCGUACCCAGACUUUUGAUCAACAAGGAAAUGGUGGGUGUUCAGAAAUCUAAGGGCAGUGGGUUCGAUUUCAAGAGUAAAAAAGGUAUCCAUAAGGAUGUGUAUUAUUCGGGUACUUGCGAUGAGGGUGUGACAAAGCUUGCUGAAUUGUUGGGUUGGGAUAAGGAAUUGAACAAGAUGUACGAGAAGGGCACUGAGAAAUUGAAGAGCCAAUAUGUCAAAGAGGAAACAGAGAUUGAGCCUGGACAACAAAAGGAAGAUAAGGAAGUGGAUCAACUUGCUGAUGUCCUGGACAAAUUGACAGCGGAAGACAGUUCCCCUAAGGCAACCUAAUAAAAUGUAGACUCUGUGACGUGUCAUUUUUCUUUAUUUCGUGAAUUUUGGGAUAAAGAUUUCUUUUCUUUUUUUUUUUUU